GCGUUACUGCCCAUCUCUGCUCAGGAAUUCCUUUCUGUCAAAAAUGAACUGUAGUAGUCCUUAAUCCAAGACUAGCAUGGGGGUUGCAAGCCAAUCUCACUGGCUCUCCAGCCCGAGGCACCGUCCCUGAAUCUUUAUGCUGCUCCUGUCUAACUGCAGAUAGUCUUUCCAUAUAAGAGUUCAAACUUUUGAUUGCCUUGCCUUAGACAAGGAUUAUACGACUUUGUAGUUUAUUUUGUGGGCUUUCUUGCUGUGAAUAUCCUCUUUCUGUUAGCCUGAGGGGUAUGAAUGGCAGUACCAAAAUAUGAUUUUGUUCCAUCAGAUCUCUACGCUGGAAGAAAGGCUACAGGCACCAGUGUUGGAAAAUGGAGAGAACUUCUCUGUUGGUGAGAGACAACUGAUGUGUAUGGCUAGGGCUCUACUCCGUAACUCCAAGAUUAUUCUUUUAGACGAAGCCACAGCAUCCAUUGAUUCAGAAACAGAUGCUCUAAUUCAAAACACCAUCAAAGAGGCCUUCAAAGACUGCACCGUGCUCACCAUAGCGCAUCGCAUCAACACUGUUAUGCAUGCAGAUCGUAUUCUGGUCAUGGACAAAGGACAGGUGGCAGAAUUAGACCAUCCAGAUGUGCUGAAGCAACGGCCAAACUCUCUGUUCUCAUCACUCCUGACAGCUGCUAAUACAGUAAACUCCUGAACAGAAGGACAACCAAAAAAAACUGCUGCAUAGUAGUCACUGGGCAUGUCCAUAACAGUUAUCCAUAUACACAGCCAUAUCGAAGUCUGUACUGUGAUACGACAAUCUUUUCUGGUGUGCUUGUAUGAGAUGUAACUGAGCAGCAGAGAUGGAAACUGAUAACAGUGCAGGAAAGACAACAUAACUAUUUACAAAGUUCAAAAACUAUGUAUUUAUCUCUCCUGUCUGCUGAUACAAAAGAAUGAGCACUGUACUUUACUGGGUUUCCCUUCAUAUUUCGAAUGAGAUGACUUCUUAUGCAUGUUAUAGUUUAAUUACGUUAUGUAUUUGCCAAGUCUUUCUUUGCUGCCAUUAAAUGUAAUUUAAAUCUCCUGUUUUUUAUUUCAUUGUUUUUUGUGAGACAUUGAAAUUUACAAUGCAUUUUUUUUUGAAGUGUAGGUAUAUACAAAUGACCCUGAUAAGAUCUGUGCUAAUAAAUUACCAAAAUUUGUAUGUUUCAGUAU